UUACCUCGAAUAGGAAAAUGUAUGCCGUGGGAUUUGGAAAGCAGAAGUCUGCAAAACCAAGGAGCCCACUGGAACACUGGAAGACGAGCAGGAAAAAACAAUGGAAAAGGGGAGCUCUCCAAGUCACCACCACCCACCCCUUCUUUUACCUACACCGAGUAACUUGGGUUCUUCGAAUUCACUCAGUCACAGGGCUUCAGUGAAGGAUCAUCGAUCAUCAUCAUGUGGAGGUUCAUGGGAGGAAGAUUUAGUAGAUCAACGAGGUGCAUGUCAAGCUCAAGUAGGGCCUUUGGAUGGUGGGAGCAUGUGAGCCCAGCUCCUAAGGACCCCAUCACUGGUGUAACCGAGGCUUUUCUUGCUGACACCAACCCCAACAAGAUCAAUCUUGGAGUGGGAGCUUACAGGGACGAUCAAGGGAAACCAGUUGUUCUUCAAUGUGUUCGAAAUGCGGAGGCAAAGAUUGCUGCUUGCGAGUUCCCGGAGUCAAAUGCUACUGCAGUGGCUUCAAAGUUGGUGGAGGAGAGUGUGAAACUGGCUUAUGGAACACAUGCCCAUGUCGUAAGAGAAGGGAGGGUUGCUGGACUUCAAGCCCUCUCUGGUACUUGUGCGUGUCGUCUCUUUGCUGAGCUUCAGAGGCGUUUCUAUCCUAGAUCACCAAUUUAUUUACCUUACCCAACUUGGUCCAACCACCACAAUAUAUGGAGAGAUGCCCAAGUUCCAGAAAGAGGCUUCCGGUACUACAAUCCCAUUACAAAGGGUUUAGACUUCGCAGCUCUCAUGGAUGAUGUCAAGAAUGCCCCAGAAGGUUCUUUUUUCUUGUUUCAUCCAUGUGCUCACAACCCAACUGGGGUUGACCCUACUGAGGAACAGUGGAGGGAAAUCUCAUAUCAAUUUAAGGUAAAGAAUCACUUUCCCUUCUUUGACAUGGCUUAUCAAGGUUUUGCAAGCGGAGAUCUUGACAUGGAUGCCCAAGCAAUCCGUAUUUUUCUUGAAGAUGGACAUCUGAUCGGCUGUGCUCAAUCCUUUUCCAAAAACAUGGGGUUAUACGGACACCGAGUUGGUUGUCUCAGUGUCCUAUGUGCUGAUGUGAAGCAAGCAGUCGCAGUUAAAAGCCAACUGCAGAAGAUUGCCAGGGCAAUGUACAGCAAUCCUCCUGUUCAUGGUAUUUUGCUGGUCUCCACGAUCUUAAAUGAUCCACAGACCAAGGCACUUUGGAUCAAAGAGGUGAAGGUCAUGGCAAAUCGUAUUCAACUAAUGCGGGCUACUCUGCGUGAACGUCUUGAGGAGUUGGGUUCUCCUCUCGACUGGGAGCACAUAUCUAACCAGGUUGGGAUGUUUUGCUUCUCCGGCUUAACCCCUGAUCAGGUUGAUCGGCUAGUAAGGGAAUUCCACAUAUAUAUGACUAGAGAUGGACGAAUAAGCAUUGCAGGUGUAACUACAAGCAAUGAUUUGUAGCAUAGGUUAUACUGCAAAUCUUGAUGGGAUUCCCAUCCUGGCGAGAGAAAAAUGAUAAAGUAUCAGGAGGUCGUUAUUUUGUGUGAAAUUUAUCCCAUACAAAUGAUGAUGGCCCGCGUGCACGUGAUAGCUGCAGAGCUGCCGACAAAUUAGAUAACGAGAGAGGUUUGAAUUUGGUAAGGUUCUCCAGCCUCUUCUUCCUCGAUUAAAAUUGCAAACACCAAAAUCUUCUGAGACGUGCUACGAUUUUCUUGGUUGAUGAGACAGACAAAGGUAGCUUGGUUUUGUGUCAUUGGCUUUUCUUCUGUUCAAUCAUUAAGGAAAUAACUUUCAUAUAAACUGCAAUUGUAUGAAGAAAAUCAUACAUAGCCGCCAGUGGAAAAUGCUGACAAAUGAUACGGCAGCAUCAUUUGCUACGAAACUGAAGGGCCAGUAAGCAUCUUAUGCUGUGAAAGCAGCUACAAUUUGUUUAUUGAAUUACAAAAUGUUGAUUUCUCUGCAUUAGGGACCAGAGAGAUCUCAAUGGAACUCACUUGUUCAGGCAUGUGCUUGAGCAGCUCGAGAUUUAUUCCGGCACAUAUGUAGAGAAUAUUAAUUAAAUUAUUAAAUCAAUUACUUUUUAAUACAAUAAUUUAACAUGGUAUUAGAAUAGAGGUCUUGAGUCGAAACUUAACUCCUUGUCCCAGCUAGAGAGAGAAGCUCUCACUUCUCUCUAAAGCGAUUUUAGCACGACUGACUUCCCCAUUUUGCUGUUGUUUCCACCAUGGGAGGGAAAGCUUCCAUCCCCUUUGCCCCUUCAUCCUCAUCUCCCUCUCCCAUCCACCCACCCGCCCUUCUUCCCCAUCAACCAAUAAAUUUGAGAGUUUUCUCUCUGAAUCCAAAGUGGGCUUUGCACCGGAUGUUCCAUUCCCGAGUCGGCUUUGCACCAGUUUUAUCUUCCAAUUUUCCAAUUUUGUACUUGCUUUCCUCUAACCAAUAGCGUCUCUCCGGCCUAUCCCCCAUCACCUACCAUGUUUUGAGGAUUUUAAUAUUUGGUGUUUGGUGUUUGG